AUGGCGUCCCUCAACAAGGAAGAGCUCAGCAACCUCUCCUUCGUGCUCAAGAAGCCCCUCGAGGUCGCAUUCGAGGACCGCCCCAAGCCCUCCCUCGCCUCCCCCCACGAUGUCCUCGUCGCCGUCAACUACACGGGCAUCUGCGGCUCCGACGUCCACUACUGGCUCCACGGCGCCAUCGGCCACUUCGUAGUCAAGGACCCCAUGGUCCUGGGCCACGAAUCCGCCGGCACCGUCGUCGAGGUCGGCGACGCCGUCAAGACCCUCGCCGUCGGUGACAAGGUCGCCCUCGAGCCCGGCUACCCCUGCCGCCGGUGCGCUCCCUGCCUGGCCGGCAAGUACAACCUCUGCCCCGAGAUGGCCUUCGCCGCCACGCCCCCCUACGACGGCACCCUCACCGGCCUCUGGUCCUCGCCCGCCGACUUCUGCUACAAGCUCCCCGCCGCCGUCUCCCUCCAGGAGGGCGCGCUGAUCGAGCCCCUCGCCGUCGCCGUCCACAUCGUCCGCCAGGCCUCCGUCACGCCCGGCCAGUCCGUCGUCGUCAUGGGCGCGGGGCCCGUCGGCCUGCUCUGCGCCGCCGUCGCCAGGGCCCACGGCGCCUCCACCGUCGUCAGCGUCGACAUCGUCCAGUCCAAGCUCGACUUCGCCGCCGGCUUCGCGGCCACCCACACGUACGCCUCGCAGCGCAUCCCGGCCGCCGACAACGCCAAGGCCAUCCGCGAGCUGGCCGGCUUUCCCGACGGCGUCGACGUGGUCAUCGACGCCAGCGGCGCCGAGCCGUCCAUCCAGGCGGCCAUCCACACCGUCCGCAUGGGCGGCACGUACGUGCAGGGCGGCAUGGGCAAGCCCGACAUCACCUUCCCCAUCAUGGCCAUGUGCCUCAAGGAGGUGACGGUCAAGGGCUCGUUCCGCUACGGGCCCGGCGACUACAGGCUGGCCGUGGACCUCGUGGCCGCGGGCAAGGUGGACGUCAAGAAGCUCGUCACCAGCGUGGUGAGCUUCGGCCAGGCCGAGGAGGCCUUUAAGAAGGUCAAGGAGGGCGAGGCCAUCAAGGUGCUCAUCGCCGGCCCCAACGAGAAGAUCUAG